CUCUUUUCUUCACAAAGUCACCAACCAUCCCUACCAAACCAAAAAGCAGAGGAGGAAGAACAAAGAAGAAAGAACCCUUGAUUUCGCUUCCUUCUCAAGCCAUCUUGAUUACCUUUCUUUUCUCCCUCUCUCUCUCACACACUUCUCUUCGAAGUAAUCUUUUAAAUUCUCUUUCCGACAUACACGUAACGCUCCAUUUGGUUUGUGUCUGAAAACUCUCUGUUUUUUUGUUUUCUGUAACGGCUAACUAACUCGAAGAACAUGAGAUUUGCUCCAUUGAGCUUGUUCUCGUUUCUGCUUCUUCUGCUAUUCACUGAGGCGAUGAUCAACCCAGUCGACUUCUUAGCACUACAAGCCAUACGAAAGUCUCUGGACGACUCGCCGGGUUCCAACUUCUUCUCCUCCUGGGACUUCACCGCCGACCCGUGCUCCUUCGCCGGAGUCUACUGCGACGGAGACAACGUCACCGCCCUAAAUCUCGGCGAUCCAAGAGCCGGGUCACCCGGUUUAUCGGGUCGGAUCGACCCGGCUAUCGGGAACCUCUACGCUUUAACGGAGCUCACAAUCGUCCCGGGUCGGAUCAUGGGUUCUUUACCCGACACGAUCUCACACUCGAAGAAUCUCCGGUUCCUCGCAAUCACCAGAAACUUCCUCUCCGGCGAGAUUCCGGCGAGUCUCGGCGAGCUUCGCGGGCUCAGAACACUUGAUCUGAGCUAUAAUCAGUUAACCGGGUCGAUUCCUCCGUCAAUCGGAUCCUUACCGGAUCUAUCCAAUUUGAUUUUGUGUCAUAACCACUUGAACGGGUCGCUUCCUCGGUUCCUCUCUCAGACACUAACAAGAAUCGAUCUCAAACGUAACAACCUAACCGGUUUAAUCUCUCCAACGUCUCUCCCUCCGUCUCUACAAUACUUAUCUCUCGCUUGGAACCAGCUAACCGGACCGGUUAACCAGGUUUUAAUUAGAUUAAACCAGCUCAGCUACCUCGAUCUCAGCUUAAACCGGUUCAAUGGCGCAAUUCCCGGUCAGAUUUUCGGUUUUCCGAUCACGAAUCUUCAGUUACAGCGUAACUUCUUCUACGGCGUCGUUAAACCGGCGAAUCAGGUGACGAUCGCAACCGUUGAUUUAAGCUUCAACAGAUUCUCCGGUGAGAUUUCUCCGCUUCUCUCCAGCGUGCAGAAUCUCUAUUUGAACAAUAACCGGUUUACUGGUCAGGUUCCGGUUACUUUCGUGGAUCGGUUAUUGGCUUCCGGUAUACAAACACUGUACCUUCAACAUAACUUCUUGACGGGGAUACAGAUUAGUCCGGCGGCGGAUAUUCCGGUGAGCAGCUCUCUUUGUCUUCAAUACAACUGUAUGGUGCCACCGGUACAGACUCCGUGUCCGGUUAAGGCCGGUCCGCAGAAAACCAGACCCUCAACGCAAUGCAACGAGUGGCGAGGGUAG